CCAAAAAAUCCUGACAUUUGUCUAGUGUUUUUAGACUAAUGCAUGAUAAAUUAUCAGAAUUACAAUUGCAAUAAAGGUCAGGUAAAUAUAAAGAUAAAGAUAUGAGUUUAGCAAAAAUGACUAUUUACUGGCAAUGUACGUGUAUGUAAAUGUAAAACAGGAAGGAAAGAGAGACUAGUUAUUCUUAGAAAAUGUGUAAAAUACCAAUGAGCUCAUGUUGACAUCAGAUUUCCUCCCACAGUGCUCUGUUAGUCUUCCUCAAUUUUCUUCAAGUGUUAAAGUGGACGUAUGUGUAAGAGACAGAGAGUCAGUGUUGGAUGUGAAGAUGGGACACACUUUGCUCUGCACGCUGGGGUUAUUCUAUAAUCCAAAACCUGCUCUCAAUGUGUCUCGUUCAUGGCUGAGUCAGGGAGCCUCCGUCACUCUGAACUGCAGUGUUACAGAUUCAGCAGCAGGGUGGAGGUUUUACUGGUAUAAGGCCGUCGCCAAUCUGUCUAUCAACUCCAACUACAGCUAUGAGCUACUACCCGGCAAGAGCAAUGGGACUGAAAACAAUACCUACGUUGUUAAUGGACAGACACACACAGCAGGGUAUGUGUGCAGGGCUGGAAGAGGAAACCCUGUGCAUUACUAUUGGUAUAGCAAACCAAAGUUUGUCUUGACUGGAGAUUCUCAUGGAACAUCGGUCAAAGUGAGUCCUGACAGAGUGCAGCACUUUCCCUCAGAGCCUGUGUCACGGAGCUGUGAGGGGAACCAGUGGAGAGUGGUGAGGCUCACUGAAGCAGGCCAUCUGUCAAACUGCUCUGACUGGGGCAGAAAGAACGGAUCCACAUGGAUCAUCAAACAUCUGACAAACAAAACAGCGGUGUACUGGUGUGAGUUUGCAUCUGGUGAAUUCAGCAAUGCAGUCAACAUUACUCUACAAAGUGAUAUUAUCCUGGUGAGCCCUGUCCAUCCUGUGACUGAAGGAGAUUCUGUUCAUCUUAGUUGCAAAGUGAAGAGCGGAUCAUUAUCUUCUAAUGUUUAUUUUUAUCGAAAUAAUACUCUCCAAAGGUAUACCAGGGCUGAGCCGAGGAUCUCUGCUAUGUCAAAGUCCGACGAAGGCUUCUACAUGUGUCGAGACGCAGAGAAAAAGUUGCCAUCUGAGGUGAAGAAAGACUUCCUUUCUACUUAGAAAUAGCACUGGUUAGUGUGGUUAUCUAUGAAUGUUCUGUAUGUCUUCACAUGUAUACAAUUGCAUACGUAUGUGUUAAUUCGUAAAGUACGUGCUUUAAAUAGGGUGUAUAUAUUAGGUGUUUAUUUUUUUAUGUGAAACCCAGCUUUCAGCUCUGUUGAAGAAAAAUUGAAUCUAUGAAAACUUUUUUUUGUAGCAGCAUCCAGUCCUGAAAAAAUUAAGAGAUCAUUUAUUCUGCUACUGAUCUCCUGCUGCUAUUCUGUUGCUGCAUGAAGUCCAAAAGUGAGACAUUUUCCUUUUGAUAUUUGAUGGAUCUGAAAUGGUAGUGCGUCAGUUUCUAAUACAAAGAACACCAAUGUCUUUUUUGUUGUUGUUGUAGAUUCAAGGUUUGCAAGGUCGGUACAAGUCUUUUGAACUUGACUAUACUUGUCUACUAUAUUUUUUACCAUGUGUUAUUUUAUUUACAUUCUUAGGACCACACUGUUUCAGAGAACCAAUCAGGGCUUUGCUCCAGAUCAAGUGGUUCAUAUGAAGAAACUCAACCGCAGCUUCCUUCCUCUCAUCUCCACGAUGAAUCCAGGGAUGCGACAUAUUCGGUGCUUGAGCUCAAAAACAUUUCUAAGAAGGAUGAAUCCGGCGAUGUCACUUACUCCUUGAUUCACCUUAAAGACAUUAGAAGGACUGAAAACUCCUCUGCUGCAGAAGAAACGGUUUAUUCUGAAGUGAAACUAGACAAAGCUCCUGGUCCUUGAAGACAUGUUUUUUGCUUAUUUUUUUAUCAAAUUAACAAUUUGUUUGUAUUUUUAAAAUGGAUUGAUGUAUGUUUUUACCUGGAGGUUUUUUUGUAUCAUUUAAAAUAUUGGUCUAUUGUAUGCAGCAAUAAAAAAAAAAUUCAGCAACAA